UCUCUGCAGGGGCAUCUGUCAACCUGUGGACUUGUGCAAUGCCUGGGCACUGUGGUGCAGGAGGACAGCAUCCUAGUCAAGGUUUUGAAGAGACAGGGGGCCAUCCCAUUUGCAAUGACCAACGUACCACAAUCCCUCUUCAACUAUGACUGCAGCAAUCCCAUCUUUGGCCAGACCUUGAACCCCUUCAACCACCAAAAGAGCCCCGGGGGCUCCUCAGGAGGGGAAGGAGCUCUGAUCGCAGGGGGAGGCUCCAUCCUGGGCAUCGGCUCGGACAUUGGUGGCAGCAUCCGCCUGCCCUGCGGGCUGUGUGGGCUCAAGCCCACAGCCGAAAGGCUCAGCUUGUCUGGAGUGAGUGGCCCAGUCAGUGGGAUCCUGGCAGUUCCUUGUGCGCUGGGGCCAAUGGCGAGGGAUGUGGACAGCCUGGCCCUGUGCAUGAAGGCGCUGCUCUGCCAGGAGAUGUUCUGGCUCGACCCCACCGUGCCCCCCAUCCCCUUCAACGAGGAGGUGUACUCCAGCUCUGCUCCUCUGCGGGUCGGGUACUACGACACAGACGGCUACUUCCCACUGCCCCCUUGCAUGCGGCGAGCAGUGUGGGAAACCAGGGGGGCUCUGCAGGCAGCCGGGCAUGAGCUGGUGCCCUUUUCUCCACCUCGGAUCCACUAUGUCAUGACUGAACUGUUUUUGAAGACGUUUUUUGCUGAUGGAGGCCGUGCUUGGUUGGAUGUAUUCACAGGAGGUAUUGUAGAUCCAAGCUUGAAAUCACAGGUGAAUUUCUACAAGAUCCCAAGGCUGGGGAAGAAGCUGCUGGCUCUGAUUCUUAAACCUCUGUUUCCCCGCCUGGCAGACUAUCUGAGUGCCUUGGGUGGAAUGAGGUCAGUGAAGGAGAUGUGGAAUCAUCACCAUCAAAUAGAGGCAUACCGCACCGAGUUCAUCACCCAGUGGAGGGAACUCCGGCUGGAUGUUGUGCUGUGCCCUGUCCUAGGGCCUGCCUUCACCACGGGAUACCCUGGGAAACUCCUCACCGCCAUCUCCUCCACAAUGCUGUACAAUGUCUUAAACUUCCCCGCUGGGGUUGUACCAGUCAGCACAGUGACAGAAGCUGAUGAGGAAGAACUAAAGCUUUACCAAGGAUGCUGUGAUGAUCCCUGGGACCGGACGCUGAAACAGGCUGUGGCCGGAGCCGUGGGGCUGCCCGUGGCUGUGCAGUGCAUAGCCUUGCCGUGGCAAGAGGAGCUGUGCCUCCGGUUCAUGAAGGAGGUGGAGACCCUCAGCCGUGAGAAGAGAGUGGCAUAG